CAAAACAGCGGCUAUGGAGACAUGCACUUGUAGAUAACCCGAAAUAUUUUGUAUGGUGUACUUUUGGAGUUUUUAGUGUCAUUAAAAUCAAAAUAAUGACAGUAUCCGGAAUUCAACAAGAUAUGAUACUACAUAUAUGUAAUGAAUUAAAUCUAGAUGUUUAAAAGUCUCUGUAGUUACAACUUGACUGCAACUUUACAGUGAUAACUAAAUGACUGUCCAUGAAUAUGAGUCGCAAAGGCAGUGCAGACAUGAAAACCAUCCCCCACACUCGAAUUAAUGAUGAGAGUUGGAUAUGGGAAAAUUAUGAACCUGGGGAGAAAAUUGGACAAGGCACAUUUGGCAAAGUGUUCAAAGUCAAACAUAAGGAAACUGGAAAGUACUGGGCCAUAAAGGUCAUCAACAAAGAAAAGGCUGGAGGGCCAGUUAUAAAGUUACUGGAAAGGGAAGUGAAUAUUCUAAAACGUGUUCAACAUGAACACAUCAUCAGCCUCAAUGAAGUGUUUGAAACUGCCAAGAAAAUGUACCUGGUGAUGGAGUUGUGCGAGGGUGGUGAAUUGGCGGAUGCUGUGAAAAACAGAGAACCUGUUCCUGAAAAUGAAUGCAAGAUUAUCAUGACAAGAUUAGCUAAUGCCAUAUCAUACCUCCAUAAAAAUGACAUAGUUCACAGAGAUCUGAAACUGGAAAAUAUUCUUCUAGCUCAGAAUCCUGAUAAUGUAGAAGAUAAACUGUACAUCAAAGUAACAGACUUUGGACUAUCAGUGGUUAAAGGGGGGACCGGUCAUGAUAAUAUGAUGCAGGACUUCUGUGGGACCCCCAUAUAUAUGUCUCCAGAAAUUAUAGACAACAAAACAUAUAGCCAAAAUUGUGAUGUAUGGGCCAUGGGUGUUAUAUUAUACAUAAUGUUAAGUGGGAAUCCGCCUUUUAAAUCAAAAGAUGAGGACUCGCUAUAUGAACUAAUUAAAAAAGGAGAACUAGAUUUCAGUGAAGAAGUCUGGUCAAAAGUCAGUGAUAAUGCUAAAUCCAUACUUGAGAAAAUGAUGAGAGUCGACCCAGCUCACAGACUGACAGCUACAGAAAUGCUACAUCACCCAUGGAUCACAGGAAAUGAUGCACAGCAGGAGUCGACUAAUGUGUUAGAGUUGAUGAAGAUGUUCCGAGACGAACAGAACCAGAAGACAGACGACAGUGCAAUAAAUGGGGACCUUAGUGAGCUGGAUUUGGGUGGCUCAAAUGACAGUUCAGAGGGCAACACUGUUAAGCAGAAUGGAAAUACAAGGAAAGGUUCAGGAGGAGUGAAAAAGCCUGGGUCAGGAGGUAAAUCUGGGCCUUCAGCAGUACGACAAAGUAGUCAGGUUUCGUCUCAUUCUAAACCCUCCACAUCAACUUCCAAGCCAAGUGCCAAAACACCCACCCCUACCAAAAUACAGACAAACAAUAAACUAUCAGUCAACACCAGGGCCACGCCCACCCCAUCUGGAAGGGGGCGGGGCACCAGGAAAUGACCAGUAUUAUUGAAUUGUAAACUAUGCACAGUGAGCCAGUGUCAUGGAGAUAUGUGUUGCCUCAGAAACUAAAUUGUGAUGUGACAGAGAAGGGAAUUCAGAUGAUUUAUCUGUACAACAAACUUUAUCUCAUAGCUCUUUAUUGUUUUUAUGAGGGGAUGGAACAUUAUACACAGACUUGGGACUUUCAUGUGGAUAUUUUGUUUUUAAUAUAGAGAGAAACAUGGUACUGCUUGAUGUAUGUGUUUUGAAUUUCAAGCUCACUGCUGAAUUUUUAAGUCCGUCCAGCUGUCUGUAUAUAUUCCAGUAUUAUAAAGAAAUGUCCUCGUGUGUCAUUAUGUAUGUGAAGAUCCAACUCUGUGGUAUAUUCAGGACCUCUUUGUUAAAAAUGAAAUGAUUCUAUGUGAGCAUGGGUGAAUUUGAAAAUGAUGCCAUGCAAAUGUUGGUUACCAAACAAUUGCAAAAUUGAAAAACUACUUAUCAUUAAUUGAACGCCAGUAGAGACCAGUCCUUUAUGUCUACUAUUUUAUGUAGUUUCUUACCUUAAGAAAAAUUUCUCCCAGUUUGUCGUAUGUAGUAAAUAUUGCAAAAGAUUCUUACUUGAAGAUCAAGGUUUGAACAGAUAUUUGUGUAAAUUCCUUUCUUCACUGAAGUGUUUUUAUAAUCCAUGGCCUUACUGCAGUCAUAUUUAAACAGAAAAAAAUAGAGCCUUAUUUUUAGAUUCACCAUCUUGUGAUAGUCUCAUUUAAAAGCCUUUCUGAAGUGUCAGAAAACUACAGAUCAAUGGCAUUUGAUAUAUUCUGGUAUAUUCUGUAAGUGCUAAUCAAGUUAUAUGAAUUAAUGAACAGUCAGGGGUGAUACUGAAAUCCGUCAUUUCUGAAAAAUGAUGGAUAAUCGUCAUAUUUACUAACUACGUAUUUUCGUCAUUUUUGUCAAUAUGACUUACUAUCGUCAUAUUUUCUUUUUCAACUUAAUUCUUCUAUCCUGGUUACAUAAAAGCGAAAUUUGAAUUCACCGCUGAAAGAAGAGUGUUUACGCAAGUUCCAUUUCAUCCGGGUCACUAAUUACUGCCGACCAAGUGCGUUAGAACAUCAACAUGGAAGGUGAAAGUUAUUAUUUAGCGGUAAAAUGUCGAAUUUUGGUAGAACUAAUUCGCCAUUUUUACAUGGCUUUUAAACCUAUAAAAAGAUAUAGUACACCGUCUGGAAGAAUACGUACUUGUAGAGAAAAGUCUCGACAAAAAGUUAAAGCCAUAAAAAAGUAGUGCGCCCCGUAAAACAAGCGAGAUAUUUCAGUGCACCCAGACCCUCCAUUUUGAAAAAAGACGGCAUAUCGUCAUUUUCGUCUUCUUUCCUAUUUAAUGCAAAUAAAUUGACAAAUAACUCUUCCACUCUUAUUUUUGCUUGGGAAAUUUGUACUGUCGACAUAACCAGUAUUGUAGUCAACUGUAUUAGAGAAAUGAAGUUUGUUUACGAUGUUUUUUGUCCUUUUUUCGGUUGGUGGAUCUAACAUUUUUCAAAGAGAGGUAACUCCGUAUU